CUUCUUUACGUGAUUUUACUUUACAUCCUUCAAGUCCCAUUCAGUUCAGUUCGAACGAUCACACAAUCAGCAUAUGGGAAGAUGCUGUUCUUAGCUUUCGCUAUUUUCGUUUUAUUCGCGAUCAUACAAAUCGUAUACCACUUUCGGUAUUGGAUGCGUCGUGGCGUUCCUCAACUCCGACCAUCGUUCCCUUUCGGAGAUUUUGGAGAGUUUUUCCGUCAGAAGCAUGGCAUACCGAUGACCUACGCCAAUAUCUACGCCAGAACCCGCCAUCUGCCGUACGUGGGAAUCUACUUAUCGAUGCGCCCGGUUCUGUUCGUCAAUGAUCCACAGAUGGUGAAGGACAUUCUCAGCCGGGAUUUCGAGCACUUUCACGAUCGAGGUUUGCACGUUAACGAAGAAACGGAUCCACUGAGUGGGAAUCUCUUUUCGCUUGGAGGUGUGAAAUGGAAAAAUAUGAGAGCUAAGUUGACUCCAACGUUUACUUCAGGAUGCCUGAAAGGAAUGUUAGCGAUUCUGAUAGAUAAGGCGACUGUGCUACAGAAGCAGUUUGCGAAGGAAAUCGCUACGCAUAAUACGAUUGAGGUGAAGGAUCUAUUCGCUCGUUACACUACCGAUGUCAUUGCGUCAGUUGCUUAUGGAAUCGAUAACGAUUCUAUCAACAACGAUCACGACCUGUUCAGACAAAUGGGCAUCAAGGUAUUUCAGCAAGAUUUCAAAACUUCACUUCGGUUGGCUCUCACGUUUUUUAUCCCGAAAAUAAAAGCCUUGCUUGGUUUCAGUUUAGUUGCGAAAGACGUUGAGGAUUUUAUGAUAAACCUCGUAAGCAAAACCAUUGAACAUCGGGAACGUAAUGGAAUUCAGCGAAAGGAUAUGAUGCAGUUGAUGCUCCAGCUACGAAAUUCCGGAAGUGUUUCCAUCAACGACCAGCAGUGGAAUUUGGAUUCAUCUGCCACUGUAAAAAACCUAACGAUCAAUCAAGUAGCGGCUCAGGUGUUUGUGUUCUUUGUUGCCGGGUACGAAACGUCUUCAACGCUGAUGUCAUUCUGUGUAUGGGAACUAGCUCGUAAUCCCGAGAUCCAGGUGAAAGUUCAUCAAGAAAUCGAUAGCGUUCUUUCAAACUACGGAGGUGCCUUGACCUACGAAGCCUUCGCCGAUAUGAAAUACCUCGAGUGCUGUAUGGAAGAAACGUUACGAAAACAUCCUCCAGUAUCGUUCCUGAACCGAGAAUGCACCAAAACCUAUCGAAUUCCCGAGACUGACGUCAUUAUAGACAAAGGCACAGCCGUAGUUGUGUCCCUACUGGGGAUGCAUCGAGAUCCGCAGCACUUCACGCAGCCAACCGAGUUCAAGCCGGAGCGGUUCUCCAGUGACGAACAGUCGAAUGAAUCCAACAAAGCUUACUUCCCAUUUGGAGGAGGUCCAAGGCUGUGUAUAGGAAUGCGAUUGGGUAUGCUGCAGGCGAAGGUGGCGCUGGUAACAUUGCUGGCUAAGUUUGAGUUCUCGUUGGGAAAAGAGCACGUGAAGGACAUGGAACUACCGCUAAAGGCCAACACUUUACUCUUGGUACCGCAAGACGGAAUUCAGCUAGUUGUUAAGAAGCGAUGAUGAGUGGUAUAGAUUUUUGAUCAUGAGAAUAAGGACUUUUAUUGCAGUAGUGGUAAUGAUAAGUGCAAAGAAUAAACUUUUUAGCUCAAA